AUGAAGAGUAAAAUCACUUAUUUUGUAGGCUUUGGCACAAAUCUGUAUGCAAGUGUGCUGUAUAUAAGCUGUGUCUUUGAGAAGGGAUUCAAUGAACUUUUUGAUCUUAAUUUUAUAUGCUUACAUAAAUACUAUAAGGUUUUGGCUUUCGUUAUACAAUUGAGAACAAAUGUGAACUCAGGCCGUAGCACAUGUAUACCUAAACAAAAAUUUUUGGUUUUCAUCUUUGACAGACUUUUUGGUUUUUACAAAGGAAUUCUCCCACCUAUCUUAGUGGAAACACCAAAAAGAGCAGUAAAGUUUUUUGCCUUUGAACAAUAUAAGAAAUUACUUGGAUAUGUGUCACUGUCACCAGGAUUGGCAUUUGCAAUUGCAGGAUUGGGAUCUGGCCUAACAGAAGCUAUUGUGGUUAACCCUUUUGAGGUUGUAAAAGUUGGUUUGCAGGCCAAUCAGAAUGUAUUUACACAGCAGCCAUCUACUCUGGGUUAUGCAAGACAUAUCAUUAAGACGAAAGGUCUGGGGCUCCAGGGACUCAACAAAGGGCUCACAGCAACUUUAGGACGACAUGGAAUUUUCAACAUGGUUUAUUUCGGAUUCUACUUCAAUGUUAAAAACAUAAUUCCUGUGAAUAAGGAUCCGACCUUGGAGUUUUGGAGAAAAUUUGGGAUUGGUCUUCUCUCCGGCAUAACAGCUUCAAUCACUAACAUACCUUUUGAUGUUGCCAAAAGUAGGAUUCAAGGGCCACAACCAGUUCCUGGAGAGAUCAAGUAUAGAACCUGUUUUAAAACAAUGGCAACCAUCUAUCAGGAAGAAGGGUUUUUUGCUUUGUACAAAGGCUUGCUUCCUAAGAUCAUGAGACUUGGACCAGGUGGUGCAGUAAUGCUUUUGGCUUAUGAAUAUGUAUAUUCUUGGCUUCAAGAAAACUGGUGAUUCAAGUAUUACUUAAGCAAACUUUUUUCCCCCUUUAAAUAAUGGACAUCUCCUCUAUAAUACUGAUUAAAGCAUAAUCUAAUAUUAGUAUUGACAGACAGAUAAACUCUAAAGAACAAAGCUGCUUUCCUCAAGAAUGAACAUAUUUAGAAAUUAUUUAAAUGUAUCCCUGGAUAUAUUUUAAACUGUAAUUUUGAUCAUGUCAUUUGGACCAUGGAAAGAAAAGUAAUCCAGAGUAAAUAUAUAAUCUAAAUGGGGGAAUACUUACACAGAAACCACAUGAAUUUCAUAAGAAUGACAAAUGAAUUCUGUAAUAUUU